UUCCGGCGUGAGCGCAGCGAUUACGACCGCUCGCGGGAGCGCGACGACCGGCGGCGCGACGACUGGAACGACCGGGAUUGGGACCGUGGGCGGGAGCGCCGCAGCCGGGGCGAGUACCGAGACUACGACCGGAACCGGCGGGAGCGCUUCCCCCCGCCCCGCCAUGAGCUCAGCCCCCCACAGAAGCGCAUGCGCCGGGACUGGGAUGAGCACAGCGGGGACCCCUACCACAGCGGCUACGAGAUGCCCUACAGCGGGGGGGGCGCCGGGCCAGCCUACGGCCCCCCCCAGCCCUGGGCACACCCUGACAUGCAUGUCAUGCAGCAUCACAUCUUGCCUAUCCAGGCAAGGCUGGGGAACAUCGCGGAGGUGGACCUGGGCAUGGCGCCACCUGUGAUGAAGAGCUUCAAGGAGUUCCUGCUGUCCCUGGACGACUCGGUGGACGAGACGGAGGCUGUGAAGCGCUACAAUGAUUACAAGCUGGAUUUCCGGCGCCAGCAGAUGCAGGACUUCUUCCUGGCCCACAAGGAUGAGGAAUGGUUCCGGUCCAAAUACCACCCAGACGAGGCAGGGCGGCGCAAGCAGGAUGCGCAGGGGGCACUGCAGAACCGACUCCGCGUCUUCCUGUACCUGCUGGACAAUGCCUGGUUUGACACACUACUGCUGGACAUGGACAAGGCCAGCGCCAUCAUCAAGACUCUUGACGCUGCUGUCAUCAAGAUGGAGGGUGGCACGGAGAAUGACCUGAAGAUCCUGGACCAGGAGGAGGAGGAGGAAGGGCGGACAGAGAAGGGGGAGGCGGCCAGAAAGGAGGAGCCCCGCCCCCCUGAGCCCGAGCGCAAGGGCCCAGAGCAUGAGGCCAAGAAGGACGAGGCCAAAAAGGUGGAGGAGGAGGAGCCUGUGGAGGACAAGGUCAAGAAGGGGGAAGAGCCCGAGGAGCAGCUGCCCAAGAAGGAGGAGGAGCCUGAGGCAGAGCCCAAGAAGGCAAGCAAGAAGCGGAAGCGGAAGCGCAGUGGCGAGGACAGCGGCGAUGAUGAUGGCAGCGUCUCUGAGUCUGACUCUGGUGACGACAGCGGCCCUGGUGACGACCCGAAGGAGGAGGAGAAGGUGGUGGAGGAGAAGAAGGGGCGAGAGGAGGAGGAGGGGGCAGGGGCGGGACCGAAGGCCAAGGAGGGUGAGCCCAAGCCCCGCCCCCUGCACAAGACAUGUUCUCUCUUCAUGCGCAACAUCGCACCCAACAUCUCCCAGGCCGAGAUCGUAGCGCUCUGCAAGCGUUACCCUGGCUUCAUGCGCGUCGCCUUGUCGGACCCCCAGCCCGAGAGGAGGUUCUUCCGCCGUGGCUGGGUGACCUUCGACCGCAGCGUCAACAUCAAGGAGAUCUGCUGGAGCCUCCAGAACAUCCGGCUGCGGGAGUGCGAGCUGAGCCCCGGAGUGAACCGGGACCUGACGCGCCGGGUGCGCAAUGUGAACGGCAUCACGCAACACAAAGCCAUUGUGCGCAAUGAUAUCAAGCUGGCGGCAAAGCUCAUCCACGUCCUGGAUGACCGCACCCAGCUGUGGGGUGCCAGCCCGCCCCGCGACAGCCCCUCCGGCGCGGCGCUGCCAGCACAGAACCCCAUCCUGAAGAACAUCACUGACUACCUGAUUGAGGAGGUGAGCGCAGAGGAGGAGGAGCUCCUGGGCCAAGGCCAUGCCCCCGACGACCCACCCAAGGAGGGGAACCCCGCUGAGGUUACCGUGGAGCGUGAUGAGAAGCUGCUCAAGGUGCUGGACCAGCUGCUGCUCUACCUGCGCAUCGUUCACUCAGUCGACUACUACAACACAGCCGAGUACGUCAAUGAGGAUGAGAUGCCCAAUCGCUGUGGCAUUGUGCACGUGCGCGGGCCUCUGCCACCUAACCGCGUCACACAUGGCGAAGUGGCAGAGUGGCAGAAGACGUUUGAGGAGAAGCUGGCACCGCUGCUGAGCGUGCGUGAAACACUGGCAGAGGAGGAAGCGCAGAAGAUGGGGCGCAAGGACCCUGAGCAGGAGGUGGAGAAGUUUGUCACGGCCAACACGCAGGAGCUGGGCAAGGACAAAUGGCUCUGUCCCCUCAGCGGCAAGAAGUUCAAGGGCCCUGAGUUUGUGCGCAAGCACAUCUUCAACAAGCACGCGGAGAAGAUUGAGGAGGUGAAGAAGGAAGUUGCCUUUUUCAACAACUUUCUGCUGGAUGCCAAGCGCCCCGCACUGCCUGAGCUCAAGCCCAACCAGCCCCCGGGGCCUGGCCAGGGUCUGGCUCCCGGGCUGCCCUACCCGCCCCAGGCACCGCAGGGCAUGAUGCCAUAUGGGCAGCCACGGCCCCCCAUCCUGGGCUAUGGAGGCUGGGCCGUGGCGAUCCCCGCGCCAUCAUUGAGUACCGCGACCUGGACGCCCCGGAAGAUGUGGACUUCUUCUGAGUGAGCUAGACCCUGCCCCCCCUUUUUUUUUUUUACGCCCCUUCCUUUUCCC